AAGAUAUGGCCCUGCGCGCGCUGCUCCCUCCCCUUUGCGCAAAGGCGCGCGCGUCUCCAUCCAUCUCGCCAGUCGCCUCGCUUUAUUUCCUAGCUAGCUAGCUUCCCCUCUCCGUGCUCGCCUCCCUUGUCCUGCCUCCACUUUUCGUUUUCCGAGCUAGCUAGCCUUUUCCGUCCGUCCUCGAUCGACAGGCUAACGAAGACGAGAGCGCGCGGCGGUCGGGUAUAAAGAUGGCGCACGAUCCGAGCCUGGGGUACGCGGACUACUUCGCGGCGCCGCCAGGAGGAGGCGGUGUCACGCUGGUGCCGGAGGUGGACGCCGGCGGGGAGCACGAGAUGUACGGCGACGGAGGAUCGCACCACCACUCCGCCACGGCGGAGAUGUUCGGGGCGAGGGGCUUCGGCGGCAUGGCGCCGAAGGCCGCGCUCGACGACGUGGACGGCUCGUCCACCAUCAGCUUCUUCCGCGCCGAGCAGCAGCAGCAACAGCUGCAGUACCAGCAGAUGGGACGGGCGCCGCUGUCGCUCUCGCUCCACGGCCAGCCGGACGCCGUCUCGCCGUCGACGUCCUUCAUGCUGCACCACCAGCAGCAGCAGCAGCAGCUCGGUGGUGAACAGCUGCAGCACCAGACGGCGUGGCAGGCGCAUGGCGGCGGCGGCGGCGGGUGGCACCUGCGCGGGUCCAGGUUCCUGGUCCCGACGCAGCAGCUCCUGCAGGAGGUCUGCAGCAUCCCGAUGGAGGCCACCGCCAAGCAGGCGGCGAAGAAGUCGGCGCAGGAAGAGGCAGCCGGCGGCGGCGGCGGCUCGUCGUCCUCCGCGUCGUGGCCGCCUCCGUCGUCGACGCGGAUCCAGAGCAUGGACGCCGCCGAGCUGCAGAGGCUCAAGGCCAGGCUCUACACCAUGAUCGAAGAGGUGGACAGGAGGUACCGGAGGUACCGCGAGCAGAUGAGGGCGGUGGCGGGGUCCUUCGAGGCGGUCGCCGGGCAGCAGGCGGCGGCGGUGUACACCAGGAUGGCGUCGCGGACCAUCUCCAAGCACUUCCGGAGCGUCAGGGACGGCGUCGCGGCACAGGUCCGGGCGGUGCGCGGGGCGCUGGGGGAGAAGGACGCCGGGGCCGCCGUGCCCGGGAUGACCAGGGGGGAGACGCCCAGGCUCAGGGCGCUGGACCAGUGCCUCAGGCAGCACAAGGCGUACCACUCCGGCAUGCUCGACAGCCACCCGUGGCGCCCGCAGCGAGGACUGCCGGAGCGCGCCGUCUCCGUCCUCCGUGCCUGGCUCUUCGAGCACUUCCUCCACCCGUACCCGAGCGACGUGGAUAAGCACAUCCUGGCGCGGCAGACGGGCCUAUCACGGAGCCAAGUUUCGAAUUGGUUCAUCAACGCGAGGGUUAGGCUGUGGAAGCCGAUGGUGGAGGAGAUGUACGCGGAGGAGAUGAAGGACAAGGAGGAGGGGAGCGGCGACGGCGGCCACUCCACGCAGCAGGCCAGUGACCUAGGGAACCCUAAUCCGGUUGGGAGCUACGAUGGGCGCGGAGGCGAGGGCGGCGGCGAGCAGAAGCCGACGCGGGCGCAGCUGCACCUGCACGACGCCGGCUCGCUGGCCUCCGUCGUGAGCAUCGGCCGGGGCGCGGACCAGCACGGGCAGGCCCUCAACUUCGGCAUAAUGGACCACCUCGGCUUCGACCCGUACGAGGCGGCCGCGGCCGGGUUCGGCGGCAACGGCGUGUCGCUCACGCUGGGCCUUCAGCACCAGCAGCAGCAGUACCAUGGACAUGGAGGCGUGAACGUAGCCGCAUUCGCCGCCGCGUCCCCGUCGGCCUCCACGGCGCACGGCGGCGCCGCCGAGUACCUGUUCAUGGCCGGCGACCAGCAGUUGGGCGGAGGCGUGCACUCCUCUAACAGUGGCCAGUAUGGGGCCGGCAUGCCGUCAGACGCCGACGCAGCGGCGUCGCAGCAGUACCAUCGGGGGCUGAGCGCCACCGGGUUCCACCUCCUCCGCGACCUUGCCGGGUGAUCCGUCGGUCGAUCUGUACAGGGAUCAUCAUAGACCGGAGAUCGAUCGGGGACGGACGCGACAACGACUGAUUUGAUGGGGAAUUGGGAUGUGUAAAUGGCGGCCGAGCUGGCAUGGCAUUCAUGGUAGCUAGCUCGCGUACGUACUCACCGGCGUACGUACGCGCGCGGGUUGGGAUUUUUGUAGCGCUUAGAUGUAUACCUCUAUUUAAUUCUUGGCUGGA